UUUCUAUCGCCCUCCUUCAGUUUUCCUUUCUCACUUCGAUCGAUUUUGGCGGAUCGCGGAUUCCUCUGCUCUGCUUAAAACGUCACAUCAACUUUUCGUUACCUCCUUGCUUGAUUGAUUGAUUCCACAAUUGUUGUGAUUCAUAGAUGGCUUCGUCUCUUCUCUCGUUCGCUUCAGCUUCUCCGCUUGCUUUGCUAGAUCCGCUCAAGGUAAAUCCAAGGGUUGGAGGUUCCAAUCAGGCAACGUUUUUGGGGAAGAAUUUUAUCAAGACGAAGUCUUUCACUAGGACAAGCAUGGCCGUUGCUGUUGAUGUUUCCAAGUUCAAUGAAGUAACAAUGGCUCCUCCAGAUCCCAUUCUUGGAGUUUCUGAAGCGUUCAGAGCAGAUACUCAUGAAAUGAAGCUUAACCUGGGCGUUGGUGCCUAUCGGACUGAAGAUCUACAGCCGUAUGUGCUCGAUGUUGUGAAGAAAGCAGAAAAUCUUAUGCUGGAAAGGGGAGAGAACAAAGAGUAUCUACCAAUCGAAGGUUUGGCUGCAUUCAACAAGGCUACGGCUGAACUAUUAUUUGGAGCAGAAAGCACAGUUCUUCAGCAACAAAGAGUUGCCACUGUCCAGGGUCUUUCAGGAACUGGCUCUCUGCGGCUUGCUGCAGUGCUCAUAGAGAGAUAUUUUCCUGGCGCUAAAGUUCUGAUAUCAGCUCCAACCUGGGGGAAUCACAAGAACAUUUUCAACGAUGCUGGAGUUCCAUGGUCUGAGUAUCGCUAUUAUGAUCCUAAAACCGUUGGUUUGGAUUUUGAUGGGAUGAUAUCUGACAUAAAGGCAGCUCCAGCAGGAUCCUUUGUUUUAGUUCAUGGCUGUGCACACAACCCAACUGGCAUUGACCCCACUCCAGAGCAGUGGGAAGUAAUAGCUGACGUCAUUCAGGAAAAAAAACAUAUUCCAUUCUUUGAUGUUGCCUACCAGGGUUUUGCAAGUGGGAGUCUUGAUGAAGAUGCAUCAUCAGUGAGAUUAUUUGCCGACCGUGGAAUGGAGCUUCUUGUGGCUCAGUCUUACAGUAAAAAUUUGGGUCUGUAUUCAGAAAGGAUUGGAGCAAUUAAUGUUGUCUGCUCAUCAUCUGAAGUAGCACAAAGGGUAAAAAGCCAGUUAAAAAGGAUCGCGCGACCAAUGUACUCAAAUCCUCCCAUACAUGGAGCCAGGAUUGUUGCUAAUGUUGUGGGGACCCCAGAUCUCUUUAACGAAUGGAAAGAGGAGAUGGCAUCAAUGGCCGGAAGGAUAAAGAGCGUGCGUAAGAAACUAUACGAUAGCAUCACUUCGAAGGAAAAAACUUCGAAGGACUGGUCCUUCAUUCUCAAACAGAUCGGCAUGUUCUCAUUUACAGGCUUGAACAAAGCUCAGAGUGAAAACAUGACCAGCAAGUGGCACGUAUACAUGACCAAGGACGGAAGGAUAUCCUUAGCCGGAUUGUCUGCCGCCAAGUGCGACUACCUUGCCGAUGCCAUUAUUGAUUCAUACCAUAAUGUCAGCUGAAAUAGAUUAUAAAGUACUGAGAGUUUUGGUCAGGCCGUUCGAGGUAACUAUUUCAAUAAAAUUUCUCUAAACAUUGUCUUUUUGUUCCUACAAGAAAGGUUUCAAGUAUCA